AUGUCCAGGCAUCCCAUCCCACCUCAUCCUCCCCCGCAAAUCCACCCACCUACUCCGAGCACGUUAUGGACCCAACCAACCCCAAACAAGAAACUGUUGACAAAAGACAAACCCCGUAUCUUGAACCGUGUCGCGUUCAAGUUUCCCGCCUUCCACUCCCCUCCCUCCCUCCUCACUCGCACAACCCAAAGCCCAAUCUCACCGUUGCAUGUCCUCUGCAGGGCCGGCCGUCCGCCAUCCGCCGUCCGCCGCAAGUCACAGCCCCCGCGGCCUGAAGAAGGUCCGAACCACUGA